ACCCGCGACGAAUUCCGCAAGGAAAACGCGAAAGAUAGAUCCGCCGUGAAGGCCCAACGGCGGCUCACCGAAACCCGGGGCCGCCGCCGGCCGCCCGCACCCCGAAGCGGAAGUGCGAAACCCCACCCGGCGCACCUCCACACGGGCAGGGAGAGAUGGUGGCGAUCUCGAUGUACCGCGGCAACCUCCACCGGGGCGGGGACGACGCCGCGCGCCGCUGGCCGGUGCCCCCACCCACGCUCUCCGCGUCCCAGUUCCGCCGCCUCCUCCACCGCCGCUCCCUCGCCGUCUCCCGCCUCGCCGGGGCUCCCCGGCCCGACUCCCCCAAUCCCCGCCCGGGCGACGGCGCCGCGGGGCCCGUGGCCGUGGGAGAGGCGCAGGAGGUGGACGGGGCUCAGCAGCAGCACCAGGACGAGCGGCAGGAGGAGGAGGGGCAUGAUGUGCAGAUGCAGCAGCAGGGGGAGGAAGAGGGACAGGGUGUGCAGGAUCAACAGGGGGAGGGAGAGGGGCAAGACGAGCAGCAGCAAGGAGAGGAGGAGGAGCAGGAAGAGGGGGCGGUGGAGGAUGUGGAAAUGGACGAUGCGGGGGAGGUGGUCGCCGGAGAUGCUGAUGCUGGCGGCAAUGGUGACCCUGAAGAAGGUCAAGGCGAAAGCGAAGGCUUCGACCCCAACUCGGAGGUGGGUCAACCUGAUGGAGUUGAAGAAAGGAAGAGAGAGUUGACUGACAAGCUGGAUACUUUAAGUAAGAAAAAGCACGAUCUUGUGCAGAUGCUGAAGCAGAUUUUAAAUGCCGAAGAAGAAAUCAGAACACGUAGCAUGCAGGCUUCACUGCGUGCUGCCAUGCCUCAGCCGCCAGAAAACACAGCUGAUGGAAGUGUUCCUAGACAGGUGCCCAGAAUGACCGUUGAUGUCAAUUUCAGCGAGUUUGCUGGGGAGUCAGAUGCUGGUUCCAACCAGGGCACUCCUGGACGCCCCUUGCAUCAUGUCCACAGUAUUUCUCCUUCAACAGCCUCUUUUGCUAGGUCUCCAUUCGGUUCUCGCAACCACAACCCUGGCAACACUCCAAGAAGUCCAGCAGCACCUUUCUCUACGGCAAGCCCGUCUCGCUUCGCAGGUACUGGGCAUCAGGGACACCACCCCUCGGCAUCAUUACCAGCAGGCAACUUUGUAGCAUCAUCGCCUUCCCCUGCUGCAUCUGGUGGCUCCUCCUCUGUGUUCAGGGACUAUCGCCCACCCAGUUCAACAUAAUUCCGCAAAACCCGAACGUAGGCCACAACAUACAUGAGUCGCCGUGAAUAGUUGAAUGCUCUUUGUACUCCUCCUUGCAUUGUUACUUUAUUGACAAUAUUAUCAGAUUGCAAAGGGCAAUUCGGGGACA